AUGUUCAAGCUCUUGGGAGGACUUAGCGUGUACUUCAGGUACCAGCCUGUUCAGACCGACAAUGCAGUGUUCAGGCUGCACAAUAUUUUUACCACAGUGCUGUUGCUUACAUGCUCUGUUAUAAUCACGGCGACGCAGUAUGUGGGACAGCCGAUACACUGUAUAACGGGGGCAGGGCUGCCGAACCAUGUGGUCAACACGUUCUGUUGGAUCACGUCAACGUUUACGAUGCCCGAUGCGUUUGCUCGAGAGGUGGGAAAGGAGGUGGCACACCCGGGUGUAUUGAAUGAAUAUGACAGCUCGCAGGACAAGAAGUACUAUACCUACUACCAGUGGGUUUGCUUCGUGCUGUUCUUCCAGGCGAUAAUGUGUUACACGCCCAAGUACCUGUGGGAUGCCUUCGAAGGUGGCCUUUUGCGCACUAUUAUUAUGGGCCUCAAUAUAGGAGUCUGUCACGUGGAAGAGAAAGACAAGAAGAAGGACGUCAUUAUUGGCUACCUCAUCAGGCACGAAAGGAGGCACAAACUGUAUGCGUUCCGGUACUGGGGAUGCGAGCUCCUCUGCCUGGUGAACAUCAUCUUGCAACUGUGGAUGAUGGAUAGCUUCUUUAAUGGAGAGUUCCUUUCAUAUGGUACCAGAGUUCUGGGGUAUAGUGACGUGCCGCAGGAAGAAAGAUACGAUCCGAUGAUAUACGUGUUCCCUCGCGUAACAAAAUGUACAUUUCACAAGUAUGGUGCGUCAGGCUCCAUACAAACCCAUGACAGCCUCUGCAUACUACCGCUGAACAUAGUGAAUGAGAAGACCUACAUAUUUCUGUGGUUCUGGUAUAUUAUACUCGCGGUGAUAUUGACUCUACUUGUAAUAUACAGGCUCGUAAUACUUUUCCUGCCAUCAAUACGACCGCGCCUAUUACACGCACGCGCUCGUACGAUUCCGAUGGAAUCAGCGGUUUUCAUAUCACGAAGGACCGAUGUUGGCGAUUGGUGGCUGCUUUAUAUGUUGGCCAGGAAUAUGGAUCCGUUGAUAUACAGGGAACUGAUAGCUGAGCUUGUAAAACGUAUGGGAGAGAAGAGUGGACCGCGAGCGUGA